CAUCGUUUAUAAAACCCACGCAGCCGCAAAUUCGAAUCAAAUCAGAUAACAGAAAUAACUGCAAACUAAAACGAAGAGAGAAAUUUAUAACCGAAACAGAGUCCAAAUCAAAAUCAAACCGAAUCGGUUGUGCACUUAUAUCUUCUUGUUCAAAAUGGUGAAGAAAGCGAUGAAGGAGGAGGAGGAAGAGAAUCGAAACUCAUCGAUGCAGUCAAAGUACAGAGGCGUGAGGAAGAGGAAAUGGGGGAAGUGGGUGUCGGAGAUCAGACUUCCACGCAGCAGAGAACGCAUCUGGUUAGGCUCUUACGACACUCCCGAGAAGGCGGCGCGUGCCUUCGACGCCGCUCAGUUUUGUCUCCGCGGCGGCGAUUCCGCAUUCAGUUUCCCCUAUAACCCACCGUCGAUCUCCGGCGGAAGGUCGUUGACGGCUCCGGAGAUCCGAGAAGCUGCUGCUCGGUUCGCCAACGCUCAGGACAAUAUCAUUAGUGUCCGGGGAGAAGAAUCGGGUUUGUCCGAAAUCCGACCGGAGUCUCCUUCAACCUCCGUGUCUGAAGUGGAUACAUCGUCGGCGACAACGCUGGAUUGCGAUCUGUCGUUAUUCGAUUUGCUUCCUGCAGACUUUGGGAUGUUUCCAGGGUUUGAUGACUUCUCCGACGGCUUCUCCGGUGAUGGAAUUACAGAGAUUUUAACCAUUGAAGAUUACGGAGAAGAGAUUUUGGAUGGAACUUUUUUUCUUUGGGACUUUUAAAUAUCCAAAGAAAAAAAAUUAUCGUAAAGAGCGCGUUGUGUGUUUCUUCGGGCCAGGAGUAAUCUGGAGAUUUUUUUGUAAGACGGAACUCCGACAACCCGGAAACUUGAUUCGUUUCGGAUCUGUAAUAUGAUGACGUGGAUGAUCAUUCUUUCAUACAUUCCUAUUUUUUAUUUUUUGUUAUUAAUUAAAAUAUUUGGAUAAAUAACAAAUUAAAUGUUUUUUUUUCA